AUGCUAUGUUUCAGCUGGGGCACCGCCCAGUGCUUUUGGGUCGACAGUGGUCCAGGGAGUCCGGGAUCCGACGAGGCGGUGGAGACCCCCUGCAGUUAUGGCAACACCACCGAUCUCCUCGUCGUCAACCAGACCUGGACCUGGCACGACACCGACGCUGCCCACCCCAUCACCUUCAACGCUACGGGAAGCGUGACGCUUGUCCUAGACUGCUCCGAGGAUUAG